CCGAGCCUGCCCAGGCAGCAGCGGGUGAGUCCCGGAGCGGAGUCCCAUGGCCCGGCCGGCGCUCCUCGGCGCCCUGCUGUGCGUCCUGCGCCUGGGGUCCGGCCAUCCGGACCCCGAGGACUCCGUGCCCCCGGCGCCUCGCGGCUGCCCCGAGAAGUGCAUCUGCUCCGCCGACCUGCUGAGCUGCGCGGGCCUGGGGCUGCGGGCCGUGCCCACCCGGCUCCCCGCCACGGCCGCGGACGUCGACCUGAGCCACAACGAGCUGCAGCGCCUGCACCCCGGCUGGCUGGGCCCCCUCCCGCGCCUGCAGGCCCUGCGCCUGGCCCACAACAAGCUGGACGUGCUGGGCCGCGGGGUCUUCGCCAACGCCAGCGGCCUGCGGCGCCUCGACCUGUCGUCCAACGGCCUGCGCUCCCUGGGCCGCCACGACCUGGAGGGGCUGGCGAGGCUGCGGGAGCUGCUGCUCUUCAACAACAGCCUGGCCCGCCUGCACGAGCGCGCCUUCCUCGGCCUGGACCUGCUGGGCAGCCUCUACCUGGGCCACAACGACCUGACGGCCUUCUCCUUCCUCCACCUGCACGGCCUGGGCACCCGGCACCUGCGGACGCUGGACCUGUCCUUCAACCGCCUGAAGCACCUGCCCGUGCCCGACCUGGCCGCGCUGCCGGCCUUCCUCAAGGACGGCCUGUACCUGCACGGCAACCCCCUGCCCUGCGAAUGCCCCCUCUACCACCUGCUGCGGGGCUGGCAGCAGCGGGGCCUGGGCGCCGUCAGCAGCUUCGCCCGUGAGUACGUCUGCCUGGCCUUCGGGGUCCCCUCGUCCGGCGUGCGCUUCUUCGAGCACGGCCGCAUCUUCGAGAACUGCUCGGCCGGCCCGUCCCCGGGCCUGGAGCAGCCGGAGGAGCACCUGCAGGUCCAGGUGGGGCAGCCUCUGCAGCUGCACUGCAACGCCAGCGCCCCCGCCGUGGGCAUCGCCUGGGUCUCCCCUCAGCAAGAGCUGCUGGUGCCGCCCGGAAACGUCAACCGCAGCAUCGUGGUGCUGGCCAACGGCAGCCUGACCAUCAAGCACGCCCAGCCCUGGCACGAGGGCAUCUUCGUGUGCCUGGCCACCGGGCCCCACCUGCCCCACAACCAGACCCACGAGUACAACGUGAGCGUCCAUUUCCCGCACCCCGAGCCCGAGACCUUCAAAACCAGCUUCACCACCCUGCUGGGCUGUGUGGUGGGCCUGGUGCUGGUGCUGCUCUACCUCUUUGCGCCGCCCUGCCCGGGCUGCCGCCGCUGCUACCAGCGUGCCGGCGGCUGCUGCUGCCGCUGCUGGCCCAGAACGCCCAGCCUGCUCCAGGAGCUGAGCGUUCAGUCGUCGGUACUGAGCACCACCCCUCCCGACACGCUCAGCAGGAAGGCUAGUGUCCACAAGCAUGUGGUCUUCCUGGAGCCGGGCCGAAGGGGCCUCAAUGGCCGGGUACAGCUGGCGGUGGCCGAAGACUUUGAUCUCUACAAUCCUGCGGGCCUGAGACUCAAGGCGGGCUUGGAGUCAGCCAGCUCCACGGGGUCGGAGACCGUGGUGAUGACCUAGGCUGUCUGGGCC